AGCUGUAGUAGCAGCAGUAGUAGUAGUAGUGGUGGUAGCAGCCGAGGCUUUGUCGUCGGACGUCAGUCAGUGAGGAGUUAUCAGUCCUUCGUUGUGUCACAGCGCACACAUUUACCACACACUCACACACAUAUAUACAAACUCUUGAUAAAUACACACACCGCAUCACCAUGCCUGUUAUACUGUAUUCGACAUCUGUAUCAGGAUGUAGAGCGACCAAGAAAAAGAUUGAAAGCAUUAAAACCGUUCUGAAUUCCAAAAACAUUGAAUUUACCGAAAUUGACAUUUCCAAGGAUGUGGAGGACAAAAACAAGAUGCGUUCGUUGUGUGGCAAUGAAGCAGCCCUCCCACCACAGUUGUUCAAUGAAGAGGAAUAUUUAGGGGAUUACGACCUGUUUUAUGAGGCCGUUGAGGCCCAGGAUGUAAAGAAAUUUCUGAAACUUGAAUGAAACAUUGGUCUUCCUGACAUCAUCAAACCUGCUGCUUCCAGUCACCUGAUUCCAUUACAAAGAAGAAGAAGAA